UUUUGAUAAGACAAGAGAAGGUUGCAUAAAGCGUUUUCUUGUGCACAAAUGUACAUCUGAUCUAGUUGGGUACACAUACCUAAAUACGUACGUACAAACAUAUAUAAAUACAUACGUCAUUCAUAAAGUAGUUAAAGUGCAAGUGUGGCUCCGGCAAGCUGAUUCCACCGAUUUUGUCUAGAAGCCAAAUUUUCCGAGAGAUUGAUGCCACUUGUCUCUUGGCAUUGCUGUGGUGGUCCAUGUUCCCAAGAUUAAAAUACGCAGAGUCGAAACGAGGCAGCCAACAGCAAUGGAAAGGGAAAAUGAAAACAUUAAAGUUUGGCACCCACUUCCAACAUUUUUGAGCAAUUACUGUUGCGGAAAUCAGGCUAAGGAUAUAAGGCUGGGUUUUCCCAACCUCAAUCCCAACCUCAAUCCCAAUCCCCGACAAAACCAUAGUGUCACAAUUCGGUAAAAUAUCGUCGAACGUGCCAUUAUUUUGUGGGACAAGACGACGAAAGAGCGAUUAUUGACAAAGUGAGAUUUGCAUCAAGUAUUGGCUAGCUGCUCCUUCAUUCGAUUCUGUGUCUCACUUUCCUCUGUUGUGAACAUUGUGUGUUUAAAGUUCUCUUGUGCAACCAACAAACGGUUUGUUUAUCUGUUACGUAAUAUGUGAAGACGAUAAUAUGUACAGAUUUGGAUUUGUACAAAUUCCACACAUUUUCUAGUUAUACUCAAUUCAUCAUCAACGGACUACUACUACUCAUGUACUGCAAUUACAAUUAGUCCUACUCUAAUGUAGCUUGACCAACAAUAUUCAAUUUGUUGCUUCGACUCUUUAUGUCGUUUACGGUUCCCAAAUAAAAUAAGUCAACAACCAACUAGCCGCACAUCAACACUCGCCACCCAUAACAAACACCUAGCCCGUCGCAUAAUUUGAUUAUCCUAUUGUAAUGCAAUUAGCAACAACAGGGCUUUGGCCUUUCAGCUGAAAACGACUGGCUGCAAUGUCCACACUACAAACCUACUCAUUCAUAGAUGCGAUGCAAUUACAACGCGAGUGCAAAAUUGUUGUGCGACUCUAAUUACAACGCAUUAUUACCCCACCAACUGCCACAGCACUAACUGAGCACCAUCCAGCCAGUGUUUGGACAAAAGCCCGUUGAAGAUUAUAACCAUAGACUUGACGAUUCCCAUUCAUUCGUCUCGAGUUAUUUAUUAUGAGAGGAAAGUCAGUUGGGAAACUAUAAGGCAAACAGGAAAUAAAAUAAAAGUGAUGGUUGCCCGGAGCGAAUCAACGUGAUGAUGAAUGCCCAACUGGUGUCCACCAAUAUACGAAAUAUCUCAUAACAUGAGUACCAAUUCUACAUAUUUCGAUUAGGAUCAUUUCAUAGGACGACGUCGACUUCAAAUUAAAACUGGAACAGCAGCACCACAAAUUUAAAACUGUUGACGGCUUAUCUUGGUCAAUUAUUGAAUUAACGUUGGAGGAAGUUGACUGUAAAAUAAAUAAUAAAUAAUUAGCAUUGUGAGAGCAACGUCCAUACAUACAUUCAGCUAGCUCUCCAUUCAUUUCGUUUGGAUUUGAGAAGUAUGUGGGAGGAAUAGAACGUCGAUUUCCGUGCUCGAUAAACCAUUUCCAUAUUAUGAAUCUCCCUAUCCAUUUUUGACCAGCUAGUUUGAAGAGUGAUUAAUAGAGCACAAUAAAACUCUGUGACUUGUUCACUAAUAAUUCUGGAGAGAGAGAGAGUGCAUUUGGCAUUUAUACUGCAACCCUACAUAGUUAGUCAGUGGACUCGGGAUGUUAUUGUCGUGACCAAAGAAUAUUAUCACAAUGCAAGAGAAAAAUUGUAUUAAAAAGAGUAACUUUCAUGUUGUGAAUGUGCUUAUCGUACAAUACACGUUGUGCAGCAUAAUAGUGUCUUAAUGUCGGAUGGACGACGCGUUCUGCAUUCAAGUUGCUAAACAUCACCACCCAACGAACGAGAGUGAAUGGGUUUUGCUAAAACAAAAAGAAAUUUGUAUGGACGAAGUCUCGCGUGCGUCUUGUCUCUCGCAUUUUGUAUCGUAAUUGAGGGAAUUGGGACCAAUUUCCUUCUUUUCCGAGUUCCAAAGCACUUCUUCUUCUUCUGGAUGGAAUUAUAAGACGAUGGUAAAAGUAACGCCACUUCUACAAGAUUCUCUGUCUCUUUUGAGUUAGGUGGGCAGGACGUGCAGUGAAAUAAGAAAUGUUGUGCAUUGUGCAGUAAUAAUAAUCAUAUCACUUAUCAUAAAAAUAUAGCAAAAAAGACUGUGCAACGAACUGCAGUAGCACAUACACACAAAUCUCUUCGGACGGAGUGAAUAAUUUUAUAUUUCUAAACGGUGAUGUGACGUGACUGGUGGAGAAUCAAGGUGUGUCUCCCAUGGUCGGACAAUAUUGCGAGCUGCAGGAGGGCUCAUCAAAAUGUUGUCUUUAUUACAGUAAAGAUGCAGGAUCGUAAUUUAACGUCCCAUUGUGAAAUAUUUAUUCACUUUCUCAGGAUUUGUGGCUGGUGCGAAGGAAAUAGUAAAUCCUUCUCACAGAUAACUGCACACGGUGGCAUGAAAGAGGGAGGCCAAACUCCGAAAGAUUCAUGAUCUCGAAUCCAUUGAAAUUCAGAACAUUUCAGUACAUUUAUUAUCAGACUUUGUGGCAAUGUAACGGAACUCCUCGCUGGAUAUACAUACUUCAAAGUUGGAAUACUUUUUUUCAUGUCUUUGUCGCACCAACUCGCUCUGACUGAGAAAUAUCACAAGAUAAGUUUCCAUAUGUGCAAUUAAAGUUUUAGUUUCGGUGCUGCUGGGCGUACACAUGUACAAAUGUACACAUGUGCAUAGCUUUGUGUGAUGCAAUAUUUCUCGUAUUUGGGAUUACGAAUGCAAUUUCAUAGAAUUUGGACAGAAGAACCCUUGUACAUACAUAAGUAAAUUGCAAUUGUGUUGUUGCGGGUGCUCGUUUAGAUACUUCCUAAUAUCCACAUGUGUAUGUGAAAGUACACUAUUUUAAAAGUGCUAAUUACUCUCACCAUCAGCAAACGUGCAUACACUGGGAACUGGUGAACACAAGAAACGAAAGGGUUGUUGAAAGUGUUGAUGUUUAUGCUUUAUGUUGAAGGAAAAAAACAUGCAACGCAAUGCACCAACUUAAAAAGAGGAGGACAACUAAUGAAGGAGUGAAGUGAAGUGAACACAUAAGCGAUAUACGACAUAACACAACCUUUUCGGUGUAUGUACACAUGCACAUGUUCAACUGCACUUAUGUGGCACUUGUGUGGCAUGGCUAAUAAAAGAUAACUGCAUGGCGCAUAUUGUGUUACAUUCGUUGGAUGUCGGCCCUCAUUAGGCGACUCUUCGAUAUACGUAUGCCUGGAAGUAAUUACGUGAGGUUGAUGUCAGAUCUGGAGUUUCGGCUUUAGUAACUAACAAGUGAACCCAGAGAAAAAGCGACGAUUUCAUCAAGAUGGAACGAGUGGACGGCGUGAUGUUUAUUUUUAAGAAACCCGUUUACCGAGGUUUUCAGUAUUUGGAGAUAGAGGAUGAACCCCAAAAACUUCCAAUGAACUCCAAGGACCGAACUGCCAGCCCUGCCCGAAAGUGCUUGAUCCCUCUCCCGAGACCCAACAAUCCUCAGGAGCAGUCAAACAAUUUGGUCAACAAUGGAUUGUUGGCGAAUAACCGACCAGUCAGCGAGUUUCAUCCUCCUCCAGGCUCAAUGGUGGACAGCAACACUGGAAAUGGUGCACCCGAGAACAAGACCACGCUCAAAAUCCACCUUGUCGACGGAGGGUUCAAUGUGGUCAAGUGCAGUGAUACGACUGAUAUUAAGGGGAUCAUCCAACUCUUGACGACGAGGUUGGCUGCUUCUACCACUCGAGAAUACAAACACUUGUUCACAUUGAGACUGAAGCAUCCGAAUUCUAAUGAAGUUUAUUGGCUUCAUCCUGACAUGACCGUGUCCCAAGUUCGGGAGAAGUACGAGAAGCAGCAUCCGAGCACGGAAUGGAGAUAUGAACUCAGGAUUCGGUAUUUCUACUCAGACUUGAAAACACUUCACGAAAAAGACACGGUGACGUUUCACUAUCUCUACGAUCAGGUGAAAGAUGAUUAUUUAUCGCGAGAGCACUCCUCCCUCAACCAAGAUGUUGCAAAAGUUGCCCUUCAACUUUGUUGCCUCGCUAUGCGUCACUACUUCAAGGAUAUGCAACAAUUAGCACUAGACAAGAAAAGUAACUUAGAUUACAUCGAAAAAGACGUUGGACUUCAUAAAUUCCUCCCGAAAGCUAUUCUCACCUCCAUGAAACCAAAAACAUUGAGGAAACUGAUUCAAGCUAAUUUCAAGAAAUUCGUAAACAUUAGUGAUACGGACUGUAUGAUCCAGUUUUUGGAACUUGUGAAAAGUGUCAUUGGGUACGACAAGGAAAAGUUCCAGUGUGCCCUUGGGUCGGGGUGGUCUGUUCCGAUUGAACUAUUGGUUGGACCCGAUGUGGGCAUUGCGUACCUUACGGAGCGAGCAAUCGAGCCGACAAAGGCAGCAGACUUUUCUGCUGUGAAGAGUAUCCACACUCUCGUUUCCGAAUGUGAAGCUCACAAGAAAGCCGUGUUGCAAUUAAGGAUUUCUGGUGCAUCCGAGUGUCUCACUAUUACUUGCCCCUCUCUGACCGAGGCGGAGAGCAUGGCCGACCUCAUCGACGGUUACUGUCGACUCAUCUCGCCCUCGCACUCGUCCCUCUGGAGUCGCAAAGCUGCCACAUUACGGAGCUGCCCUUGCCUCAAAGAUGUUCACCCACCCAGGGGUAGAAGUCUAAGUCGUAAUGCCAGCGGCUCCAAUUCUCCAGUGGACAGUCGAGAUUUGCUGGACUACGCGGAAAUUGUGGACGAGGAUGGAGACUACAGCGUUCCUGCAACGCACGACUACGAAUUAAAUCGAAUGAAUGUGGAGUUGGGAGAUAUCAUCGGCCAGGGCCAAUUUGGCGAUGUUCACCAAGGGAUUUAUCAUACCAAGGACAAUGAACAGGUUCCCGUGGCGGUCAAAACUUGCAAAUUGGAUGCCGAUUCUGCGACUACGGAUCGCUUUUUGGAAGAAGCAUACAUAAUGCAACAAUUUGACCACCCUCACAUUGUGCGAUUGAUCGGAAUCUGCUCAUCUGCUCCAAUAUGGAUUGUAAUGGAAUUGGCGGAAUAUGGCGAAAUGAGAGCCUUUCUUCAGAGGAAUCGACUAGUGUUGGACUUGGCGACGCUUAUUUUGCACUGUUACCAACUUUCAACGGCGCUGUCCUAUCUCGAGUCCAAGAAGUUUGUUCACAGGGAUAUUGCGGCACGCAAUGUUUUGGUCUCAGCACAAGAUAUGGUGAAACUCAGCGACUUUGGACUUAGCAGGUGGGUGUCCGAGGACCAAUGCUAUUACAAAGCCUCGAAAGGGAAACUCCCGAUAAAGUGGAUGGCUCCCGAGAGUAUCAAUUUUCGAAGGUUCAGCAAUGCUAGCGAUGUUUGGAUGUUCGGUGUCUGCAUGUGGGAGAUUUUGAUGUUCGGUGUGAAGCCCUUUGCUGGUGUUCAGAACAAUGAUGUGAUAGGCAAAAUUGAAAAUGGAGAAAGACUCCCCCUCCCUCCAAACUGCCCACCGCGACUUUAUGCCCUCAUGUCCCAGUGCUGGUCAUACGAGCCGUCCAAGCGACCUGGAUUCCAACACUUGAAGGAAACCCUAUUUGAGAUCUUAUUGGAAGAACGUCAACAACAGAAGGACAUGGCUCGGAGGGAGAACAGACGGUUACAAACAAUGUCUUGGGCCUCCUCCGCUUCUGAUGAGCAAGCUCCACCUAAGCCUCCAAGGAUAGAACGUCCAGUUUUAGGAGACCAACAGCAACAACAGGCAAUGACAACGUACAUCGUAGCACAGAACCCGGAAAUACUGACUCAACUAAUGCGAGAGAGUGAACAGCGAGGAGUCAACCCAGCGUCCAUGUACUCCACCCCGGCGUCGGCGUUCAAUACGAUAGCGGUAGAUUUUGUGGGUGGGAUUGGGGCAUCACUGGGCUCACCUAAGAGAAAACUCAAAACCAAAUUAUUUCCCAAUUUAUCUGUCGAUCAUCAUCAUCAUCAUCAUCAUCGUCAUCAUGUCGGGACAGGGGUUGAUGGGGGCGGAACGGCUCCAAAUAAUAAUCAGUUCUUGACGGACGAGGCGGCAGCAGCAGCUUCGACUGCUUUGCUCAAUCACAAUUGCAGUACCUUAUCCAGUCUUGGAACGAUGAGCACUAGUUCUAGUUCUGAUAUUUGUAAUAUGUCCUCCAACACUCCUGGUGGCUCCAAACCUGCCUCCAACUAUGGAACUUUAGACAAGGAUCUCAAAAACCGGAGCUUGGAUGGAACAGAGGUAGAACUUCGGUACAAACAGUUGGAAGACAAACUACGCGAGCAGCAAAAACAGUCUGAAGAAGAUAGUCGAUGGCUGGCAGAGGAGGAAAGCAAUUUGAGGAAACGAUUAUCUAUCACGAACAGCGCUUCAGAUCGUUCUGAUAGCGAAUGUGGAGAUGUUCCAAAUGGAGUGUCUGGAUUUUCCCAAAUUGGUGAUUCCAUAUCAUCCUUGAACAAUGGGGCAAGCAGCUCUGACCCCAAACUGCUCGUUGUGAAGAAAAUGGAACCCACCCCGACUGCAGACCUCGAUCGUGCAAAUGACAGGGUUUAUGAGACUUACUGGAGAUCAGAAAUACCGAGACAGUGCACAACCACCGUCGUAAAAGCAAUCAUGGAGCUUACUCAGGGUGUCAAUAAUGGUCAACGGUCGGGGAAAGUUGAGUACCUGGAACUGGUUAGAAAUGUUGGCUUGGAACUAAGAUCACUGUUGGGAAGUGUGGAUGAGGUGGUGGAUUUCUUUCCAGAAGUUGCAAAGCAUGAGGUUGAGAUGGCUCAUCAAGUUUUGAGCAAAGAUAUGAAAGAGUUAGUCAGUGCUAUGCGCCUCGCGGAAAAGUACAGUUCCACAACUCUGGGUGAAAACUGGAACCGGGGAAUGCUAUCUGCUGCUCAUGUUCUUGCCAUGGACUCUAAAAAUCUUCUCGAUGUUGUUGAUUCUAUACGAAUUCGGUGUCCAGAAGUAGAGCAAUUUCUUGCCAGUAAAGGAUCUGUUGCCACAACAUCUUCGUCUAUAUCCACACCGACUGGUCAAGCUCCUUCCGUAUCUCCAAUUUUGAAUUCGAUUUCGAGCUAAACUCACGAUAUAUAUAUGUAGCAGUUCUUAACGGAUCAAUUGAUUAAAGCACAAAUUGAGAACUACAAUCGAGAAUUCCAAAAAUUUCCAAUAUCAUGUAAUCAAUCAAUCGUCCGCAGAUGAAUACAUAUGUGUACGUAUAGUACGCAUGUAUUUCUAACAUCACUCAAAUAGUGUUCCGUUUAUGAAAAAAUGAAUGUACUCAAAUUUAAUGUUAUUCAGUACUCGACCAAUUCAGAAGAUAUACUACUACGUAAUACCUUCCCAAGCUUUCUAGUAAAAUGUGAAGUUGUUUAGACGAGAGAUUGUUGAAAUGCUAGUCUACCAUAGGCUAAUUAUUUAACCUAAACAAAACAGAAGCAUCCGAGAAUUUAUGCCGCAUUGUUAUUAAAAUCAUUCCAGAUUGUUAGUAGUGGAUCGACGAUGGGUUAAACACGAGUCACACACAACAACAAGUUUAAAAGUUAAGCGAGUGGAAAAAUUAAAUGGAAUUGAGACUGACCAAUAAAAUAAUUUUUAUUUAUUUCACGUCCUGUCUAGUAUUAUAGUAGCGUCUAGUGUUAAGACUUCAAUGUAUUAGGAUGUGGAGGCUAUAUGUUUGCGUACCUAAUUUGUCAUGUAAUUGUCGCUAAAAUAACAAAAUUUACACUGUUAGAAGAAUAACGUACAAAUACUAUACGUUGUUAAACCAAUUAUUAUGAGAUGUGCCCAUUUAUUAAUCACAAGUAGCAAGUGAAACGAAAUAAAGAUUUUGCAGUCGUCGUGUCA